AUGUCUGGCUGGGCUCAACCAGGCGGAUUCAACCCCAACGCGAAUGCCUACAACCCACAGGGUCAACAGGGCUACUACCCACCCCAACAGCAACAACCACAGGGAGGUGGAUAUGGUGGUCAACAGGGUCGCGGGGGCUAUGGUGGCUACAGUGGUGCUUAUUACCCACCCCAGCAGUUUCAACAACCACAAUUUGGUGGCUACAGUGGCGCUUAUUAUCCACCCCAGCAGCAGCACCAACAACCACCGGUUGGUGGCUACAGUGGUGGUUAUUACCCAACCCAGCAACAGCACCAACAACCAAAAGGUGAAUAUGGUGGCCAUUCCGGCGGCCAUGCUUCUCAGCCACCGGUUGAUAAUAUUGGAAAUACCGCUCAACAAAAGCAACAAGACCAGCAAAAAGUUUCUGCAGUGGAGUCAGGAAAGCUGUCUCUUGGUGGCGCGGCUUCGGAGCCCGUUGUCGUGCCGAAAAAAGGGAAGGCUGGGACUCUUUCUCUUGGAAAGAAAAAGACGGAGGAUGAUAAAAAAAAAAAUGAGGACACCAAGGCUGCUGAGGAGAGCAAAAAGGGAACUUCUGCCGCGGUAACGAUGUCGGAUGAAAAAAGGGAUGGCACUCCAUCAAAUUCUAAGAUGUCAACAGAGGAUUUUCGUGAAUAUGUGAAACGGGAGAUAGCGAAGCAACGUGAACAAAAUAAAAAAGAGUUUGUUCGAGAUCCGCGUCCUCAUUUUAAUAUUGUGUUCUGCGGGCACGUGGACGCUGGGAAGUCUACCAUCUCCGGCCAUCUGCUAAUGGAAAAGGGUUUGGUAGAUCAGCGCGAGAUGGAGAAGCUGCGCCGCGAAGCCGAAGUACACCACCGUGAGGGUUGGGAAUACGCAUAUGUCAUGGAUGUCUCCGAGGAUGAGCGGACAAAAGGUAUUACCCGGGAGACGGGUGCAGCCUAUAUUGAGACAGAGAAGCGUCGUGUAACAAUUCUUGAUGCACCAGGCCACAAGGCUUUUGUGCCAUCUAUGAUUGGUGGAGCGACGCAAGCGGAUAUUUGCGUUCUUGUCAUUUCCAGUCGUAAAGGUGAAUUUGAGACGGGUUUUGAGAAGGGUGGCCAGACACGGGAGCAUGCGAUGCUAGUGCGCACAUGUGGGGUGAAGCAAAUGAUUUGUGUUAUCAACAAAAUGGAUGAAUGCGGGUGGGACAAGGGUCGAUACGAUGAGAUUGUUGGGAAACUGAAGCCUUUUCUUCGACAGAACGGCUAUGACGAAGAAAAGGCAAAAAAUCUUUGCUUUAUUCCAAUUGCCGGCCUGACAGGUGACAACCUCAUCCAUCAUUCCUCAGACGACGUCUGCCCAUGGUAUAAAGGGCCUACAAUGAUGGGUUUCAUUGACAAUCUUGUUUUACCAGAGACAAAAAGUGAGAAUGAUGUGCUUUGCAUCCCCAUAGUCGGUUCUUAUAAAGACGAUGGACGUGUAUUUAUCUAUGGAAAGGUGGAGUCUGGCUCCAUUGCUUUGGGAGAGAGACUUCAAAUUCUACCUACUAAGUUGGAGGCAUUUGUCGAGGGUAUCUCUAUUGAGUCGACGGAGUUUGAGAAGUGUUAUCCUGGCGACAAUGUACAUCUGCGGAUGCGUGGCGUGGACGAGAGUGACAUCCAUGCAGGCUAUGUUGCCACGUCUAUUCCAACGACACUUUCUGCAGUGGAGUAUUUUCAGGCUCGUGUGGUGAUUCUCGACGUCAAGAAUAUAAUUUGCGCCGGCUCACGUGUCAUGCUGCAUGCUCAUGCCGCCCAGGAAGAGGUUUCUUUCCACAAGCUUCUGGCAAAAGUCGACAAAAAGACGGGAGAUGUGUUGGAAAAGGAGCCCACACACGCAAAGGCUGGUGAUGUGGUGAUUGCACGUAUGGAGCUGGAACGUUCUCUGGUAUUGGAGGCGCACAAGGUAUUUGAUAAGAUGGGACGGUUUAUGUUGCGCGAAGACGGAAAAACCAUUGCCAUUGGUCUGGUAAUGAAACUUUACGAGUCGACAAAGGAGUCCCUUGCAAAAUCCGGCAAGGCGUAA